AUGGUUGACUGGUAUACGUUUGGCAUUGCACUUAUGGCAGCGAUGGGGACGUUACUGUUUGGCUUCGACACGGGAAUCGUCACCACAACCAUCGCUCAUGACAGCUGGAUCGAGUACAUGCAACAUCCCUCAGAUGCAAUAACCGGAGCAGUCGUCGCGCUUUAUAUCGCGGGCGAGACGAUCGGCUCCAUCAUCCAAACCGCCUUCAGCGACAAGCUCGGCCGCAUCCGCUUCAUGGAGCUGAUGUGCGUCAUCGUCACCAUCGGCGUCACCCUGCAGACAGCCGCGAUCAACAUGGGCAUGUUUCUUGCCGGGCGCACCAUCGCCGGCAUCGCCGUUGGCGGAAUGGUAGGCACCGUCCCUAUGUACCUGUCCGAGAUCAGCCGCCCGGAGGAUCGUGGCCUGAUCGGCGGCAUCGCAGGCGCGGGCAUCUCCUUCGGCGCCAUGCUGGCCAACUGGGUCGGCUUUGCCUGCUCAUAUGCGCCCUACGGCGCCGUCCAGUGGCGGCUGCCGCUCGCCACACAGAUCCCCUGGGGCGUCAUCAUGUUCAUCGGCCUGGCGACCUUCAUGCCAGAGUCGCCGCGGCAGCUGGUGCGGGCGGGCAAGGACGGACAGGCCCGCGAUGCGCUGGCCGAGACGCGGCGGGGCUGCACGGCGCAAGAGCUGGAAGCCGAGUUCGAGCUGAUGCGAGCGCAAAUCCACUUCGAGAUGGAGCGCGAGGUGGGAUCGUUUGCAGAAGCCGUGCGACUGGCUCGCCGGCGCGUGCUGGUGUCCAUUGCCGUGCAAACCAUGACGAGCCUGACGGGCGUGAACGUGAUUCAGUAUUAUCAGACCACGCUCUACAAGUCACUUGGUGUCGGGCCCAAGGCCGUCCUCGCCCUGACCGGAGUCUACGGGACGGUUGCGUUCUUCUGUAACUGCAUCACCCUCAAGUACCUGAUGGACCAGCUGGGGCGCCGGAAGCUCUUGCUGAUUGGACUCGCCAGCAUCGUCGUCAUUGAGAUAUACACGGCCGUUAUGCAGCGGCAAUUCCAGGGCACCGACAACCGCGUCGGGAAAGGAUUCGCCAUUCUGGGCAUAUACCUGUUCGUCGUUGCGUACUACGGCUUCCUCAACAGCACGACAUGGCUUUACGGUGCCGAGGUGCUUCCCGUAGCUCUCAGGGCCAAGGUCAUGGGAAUGGCUUGUGCUUCUCAUUUCAUCGUCAACAUUGCAGUCACUCAGGCCGGUCCGAGCGCGCUAUCGUCCAUCCAUGAGAAUUACUACUACGUGUUCGUGGGAUGCACAUCAUUCUUUCUAGUUGUGGCUUGGUUCAACUUCGCAGAGACUCGGUACAGAACGCUUGAGGAGGUUGCAGAGGCUUUUGGAGAUCACCUGGUUCCCGAUGAUGAAAGGGAGAUGGUGUCGACGACCGUGACUGCAGCGAAGCUGGGUGCUGAGAAGCGUCAUGUUGAGCAUGCGGAACCUCUCGACAGAAUCAAGCACCGUGGUCCAGACGCCCGUGGCCAAUGGAUUAGCCCGGAUAAACGCAUCGCACUCGGUCACGUUCGCCUCGCUAUAAACGACCUCGCCCAGACUGGCAACCAGCCCUUCCAUGACCAUGACAAUGACAUUCACGCGGUCGUAAAUGGCGAGCUUUACGACUACGAUGCCAUUCGUACGGAUUUGGCCAGAAAGACAUCCUAUCAGUUUGUGGGUCACAGCGACUGUGAGAUCGUCAUUGCGCUCUAUCGUUGCUACGGACUUUCAUUUCUUUCGCACCUUCGAGGCGAGUUCGCGCUCUGUUUAUACGAUGGGCGCAAUCAGCUCUUCAUCGCUACACGUGACAGGUAUGGCAUCAAGCCGCUCUUCUGGACGCGUAGUCGUUCUCUCGAUGGUGUUGGCCGGAUCCUGAUUGCCGCCGAAGCAAAAGCGUUCUUGCCACUAGGGUGGCAGCCGGAAUGGGACGUGAGAAGCCUUAUGGAAGGUGGAUACCUCGGCGGCGACCGAACACAUUUCAAGGGAGUUUCGGCCAUUAGACCCGGUCACUACAUGCUUGUCCGCAGCACUCGACACGUGGAGAUUCGGCAAUACUGGGAGGCUGAGUAUCCUAACAAACUUGUUCCCGAAAUCCGUGGAAUCGAAGAAAUCGUGGAGGGAGUGCGAGAGCGACUCUUAGAAGCUGUGCGCAUCCGGCUACGUGCCGACGUUCCGGUGGGCAUUUAUCUAAGUGGCGGCAUUGACUCAUCGGCGGUUGCAGGCAUGGUGACGCAUCUCGUUAGGGAGAGGGGUGUGCAACUGGGCAACGACAACGAAACGGAUGGUAUUUCAUGCUUCAGCAUUGCUUUUGAUGAGCAUAGCGGAUUCGAUGAGUCCGAUAUCGCACAAAGAACCUCCAAUUGGCUCGGGAUAAAAUGCAUCAAAAAGCAUGUUGGCGAAGACGACUUUGCGACUCAUUUCGAGGACGCUACGUAUCACUGCGAGCAGCGCCACAUGGGUCUGGCCUAUAUCGGCAAAUACCUUCUUUCGAAAGUUGCACGCGAACAUGGAACUAAAGUUGUUCUGACUGGCGAGGGCUCAGAUGAGCAUUUUGCUGGAUACAUGCCUUUAACUUUGGAUGCAAUUCGCGAACCAGAUCCGGCUUGGCGAUCCGAUGCUAAUCCCGACGACGAGAAAUAUCGCUAUGCAGAAGCUACUCGGCGUAAUGCGAGCCAUUCCGCUGUUGUCGGCCUGGAUGAAAGCAGGAGCAUUCCUUCUCGCGGUGCCCAUUGUCUCGAGCAAAUCCCAUCCUCCAAAUCACUCAGCGGCCUCGGCUUGGACGUGUUUUCACCGUGGACGCGUUGCUAUGGAGACUGCAGUCACCUGGAAAACCUUGCGAAUAGUCUUGAUGGCUGUACCAGGGAUAAGAUUGAGAACAAGUGGCAUCCUCUUCACUCUGCGUUAUAUCUCUACCAGCAAAGCAUCCUGCCUGGCAUGCUGCUGACAAAUCUUGGCGAUCGGACUGAGAUGGCACACAGCCUUGAGGCGCGGACGCCUUUCCUGGAUCACCAUCUAACGGAAUACGUGAACGGAUUACCUCCAAGUCUGAAAAUCAAAUGGAAUAGCGACUCGAAGAGCUUCACCGAAAAAUGGGUCCUUAGAGAGGCAAUGAAGCCGUUCAUCACAGAGGAGGUGUACAAAAGAACAAAGCAUCCUUACACAUCUCCAAGGGCUUUCACAGUAGGCGGCCCUGUGCACAAGCUUCUAAGUCGUCUCAUCACGAGUGAGAACGUGGAGAGGCUGGGCUUCGUGGAAUGGAGCAUAGUGAAGACCAAAUGGGACAAGGCGUUUCAAGAACAAGAUGAUCUUGCAAUCAAUGCAUUGUUUGUUAUUGCUCAAUGGGUUGUCAUCGGUCAGCGAUUUGGGGUUGCAACAGCGAAGCCCACCUAG